AUGGUGAUGAUGAUGGGUAAGUGGUGGUUAGGAAGAAUAAGGGGUCGUUACUAUUACCAUAGUGAGUUUCUGAUCCGAUGGAUGACGAGCAGCAAGAGGGUCCAAGACAGGAGCAAGAAGAAGAGGGUUCACGACCUCGAAGUCGCAACCGAGAAAUGGAAAAUUGUCUCCAAAAUCAUCUACUUAAUGGAGCUUCUGAAGCAAGAGCCCGAAAUGGUGAUUCCCGUUCGCUCCCUCGAGCAACACCGAAGGAAGAUCAACCUCCCCAAGCCCCAUCGUAUCUCCGAUUUCCUCCACAAAACCCCCAAACUCUUCGAACUCUACAAGGAUCAAAAGGGGGUCCUAUGGUGCGGAAUGACGCCAAAAGCCGAGGACUUGAUGGAACAGCAACAGAGGGUCAUCGAGGACCACUCUGACAAGGCUGCGGAGCACGUUACGAGGUUUCUCAUGAUGUCAGUGGAGAAACGGCUUCCCUUGGAAAAGAUUGCUCACUUCAGAAGAGAUUUUGGGUUGUCCUUGGAUUUUAGAGUCAAUUGGGUGCACAAGUAUCCACAACAUUUUAAGGUGGUGAAAGCAUUUGAUGGGAUUGAGUAUUUGGAGCUUGUGUCUUGGAAUCCUGAAUGGGCAAUUACUGAGGUGGAGAAGAAAUUGGUGAGAGGAGUAACUGAAAGUGGAAGUGGAAGUGAAAGUGAAUUCCCUGGUGUGCUUUCACUUCCAUUUCCUUUGAAGUUUCCUUCAAAUUAUAAGAGGGUAUAUCGGUACUAUGCUGAAAAGAUUCUGCAUUUUCAGGAGAUGUCUUAUUUGUCUCCUUAUGCGGAUGCACAUGGACUUAAGGCUGGUUCUUUGGAGUUUGAUAAAAGGGCUGUUGCUGUUAUGCAUGAACUGCUUAGUUUCACUAUUGAGAAGAGGUUGGUCACUGAUCACCUUACUCACUUUCGUUGGGAGCUUGUGAUGCCUCAGAAGCUGAUGAGGCUUCUGCUCAAGCAUUGUGGGAUCUUCUAUGUGCCAGAGAGGGGGAAGAGGUUUAGUGUGUUUUUGACUGAGGCUUAUGAGGGUUCUGAGCUCAUUGAGAAAUGCCCAUUGGUUCUGUGGAAGGAGAAUGUUCUGGGGCUUGUGGGUUAUAGAGGGAGGAAGAAGAAGUUUGAGGUUUGCAGUGAGGGGUCUGAUAUGGAGGGUCAUGAUGGUUUGGUUUUGGACCAGUGUGAUUCUGAAAUGGGGGAGUUGCAUGUGCAGAUUGAACAAACUGGUACCUUGGAUUACGAGGGUCCUUUACCUGGGGAUGAUUCUGAGAUGAAUGUUGGAGAGAUUUCCUGA